CUCCUUUCCGCUGACAUCGGAUUCCCGGGAGGCACCGCUCCUUCCGCUUUCUCGCCAGGCGGCCUGGACUGCGGCUUCGGAGCUGCGGGGCUGGGGGCCGUGUGUCCUCUUCCUCCGGUGCCGGCGCAGGCCUGGUGGUUUCGGGCCAGGCCCCAGGACGCCCCCCAUGGCGGGGCAGCUGGUGGAGGUCGAUGGCGGGAUCAUGGAAGGGGGGGGCCAAAUCCUGAGAGUCUCCACGGCCCUGAGUUGCCUCCUGGGCCUUCCUUUGCGGGUGCAGAAGAUCCGGGCCGGCCGCAGCACACCAGGACUGAGAACUCUAGAACAUGUACCUGCCUUCUCAGUUGUCUAUGCUUCAGUUAGUAGUGAUGAGCAAAUAAUACAGCUUUUUGGGGACUUUGAAAAGAAAAUAAAGCUAAGCCUGUUUUGCCUUCUCCUUAGGAGCGUGUGCCUCUUAAUGCAGGUCUCAAUGCCCUGUGUUCUCUUUGCUGCUUCUCCAUCAGAACUUCGUUUAAAAGGUGGAACUAAUGCUGAAAUGGCACCACAGGUCGAUUACACAGUAAUGGUUUUCAAGCCAAUUGUUGAAAAAUUUGGUUUCCAAUUUAAUUGUGACAUUAAAAUGAGGGGGUAUUACCCAAAAGGUGGUGGUGAAGUGAUUGUCCGAAUGUCACCAGUUAAACAAUUGAACCCAAUAAAUUUAACCGACCGUGGCACUGUGACUAAGAUAUAUGGAAGAUCUUUUGUUGCUGGUGUUUUGCCAUUUAAAGUAGCAAAAGAUAUGGCAGCAGCAGCUGUUAGAUGCAUCAGAAAGGAAAUCAGGGAUUUGUAUGUUAACAUCCAGCCUGUUCAAGAACCUAAAGACCAAGCAUAUGGCAAUGGAAAUGGAAUAAUAAUCAUUGCUGAGACGUCCACUGGCUGUUUGUUUGCUGGGUCAUCACUGGGUAAACGAGGUGUAAAUGCAGACAAGGUUGGAAUUGAAGCUGCUGAAAUGCUACUAGCAAAUCUUAGACAUGGUGGGACCGUGGAUGAGUAUCUGCAAGAUCAGCUGAUUAUUUUCAUGGCAUUAGCCAAUGGAGUUUCCAGAAUAAAAACUGGACCAGUUACACUCCAUACACAAACAGCUAUACAUUUUGCUGAACAACUAGCAAAGGCUAAAUUUACUGUGAAGAAAUCAGAAGAUGAAGAAGAUGGCUCUAAAGACACUUACAUUAUUGAAUGCCAAGGAAUUGGGAUGACAAAUCCAAAUCUAUAGGGUAUUCACCUCUUAAAUGAUACCUCAAUGAUGUAUUGCACUAAUUCAUUUCAUAAAUACUGUAAAACGAUGAAUAGGAAGUAACUUAUUAAAAGACCUGACUUAUAUUUGGAGAUAAAUUUCCAUGUUGUAGAUGUGCUGAGAGUGUGUGAUCUAAUUAAUCUCACUUUGAAUAUCUCCUGAGAUAAGGACGAUGAAAUAUGAGAGGUGGUGGAUAUGUGUGAUAGCUGACUUCCGUAUUAAAGUAUUGAAAUGAAAUAUCUUUAUACUCGAAGUAAA